AUGGCAAAGAUCAGAGAGCUCAAGAGACUAACAGUAUAUGACAUACAGAGGAUCUUAUGCUGGGCAUUCAACAUGUCUAAAAGGCCUUCUUUCCUUCCUCUAAGAGCAAGCGAUCGUCCAGACACAAUCAACAUUGUCAAGUUAGAGGAGACGCCAGAAAACAUCUCAAAACUCCUAUCCAAGCUCAAGAUAGACCACAAGCCACUUAUAAAUGAGAAGCUGCCAUUUGAUGACAUCAUAGAAUGUAUUCUGAGAGACGGGGGAUAUGAAGACAUCACACCAUCUCUUGAUUGUGUAAGGACCGAAAACUUAGAUCUCAUUCCUUUUGUAGAGUUCGAAGAUAUACACUCUUCAGGAGUGUUUGUUGAUGACGAAAAGUCCUUAUCAAAGGUUGACAUAAGCGAAUACAGAAGGGCCCUUGCCCCCAGAUCCUAUGACAUAAUUGCCCUAGACAUAGAAAAGGUCAGGACAAAAACAGGGAAGAUGCCCGGGAGAAUCACGAUGGUUGACUGCAAUGGGAAAACCAUCUAUGACAAAAUAAUCAAGCCAAGAGAGCCUGUGGUAGAUUAUUUGACCAAAUACAGUGGACUGAUAAAGGAGGUAGUAGACAAGGGUGUUGAUAUUGAGCUUGUGAAGGAUGAAAUCUUCAACUUUAUUGGAACCAACACUGUGAUUGUGGGGCAUGGCGUCGAAAACGACCUAGACUCGUUGAAACUGUACCAUGAAAGGAUUAUAGACACUGCACAUUUGUUCUUAAGUCCUUUAGGGAGAAAAAUAUCCCUUGCACAAUUAUCAAGAACAUAUCUUUCCAAGGACAUUCAUGUGGAGACACAUGACUCAAGAAUAGAUGCAGUAACUUGCCUUGAGCUCCUUUCAGUAAAAAUACAGUACAUGCUUAGGAUGAUGGAUCCCCAGGGCACAGAAUUGAAGAUACAAGCAACAGUAGAGAGGAAGUGCAUUUCUGACCUUCUAAAACAUGAGAAGGGCCAUCUCAACAUAGCAGCCUGUAGCUAUAAAGACCUGCUAAAAUGCCUCAGGUCCUACAAAAAAGUCAAGGAAUGCCUUUGGAUACUUAUUUACAGGAUCGACGGCAGUAUUUACUUCAGCUUUUAA